AGUUUUUAUUCCCAAAAUCAAAUCAAAAACACUUUUUUCUUUCUUCCCGUUUUACCCUUUUUGAUCAUCGGUUAUGGGUUGUGCGAGUUCCAAGCAUCGGAAGCGUUGUAACCAUUGCCGGCGAGGAUAUUCUCCUCCGGUGGAUAUACCGAGAAGUCACUCGGUGCAUCACGCAUCACAAAACUCUGAAGAUAGUUGUCACAUGGUGGCUCUAAGUUCCUCAAGCCUUGGAUCUCUCAAGCUAUGUGAUUCUUCUUUUGGGCAUAAUCACAAACACUUGGCGGACUUUAGUGAGAAGCUUGUUUCUGAAGAAUCUGGGAAAACUGGAAGUGGGUUUGGUCCAAAUGUGGUUAGAGAGAAGUCAGAUAAAGAGAAAUCGAAUUUGGAAUUGCAGGCUAAGCUUAUGGAAGCAAAGGUAUGGUCAAGUAUGAUGAAUGAGAAGAUUCCGAAGAUUGUUCCGAAAACUCCGAUUGUUACGCCUCCUGGAGAGCCAGAAACGAUUAAUACUUGGGAAAUGAUGGAUGGGCUUGAAGAUGUUUUAAGUCCUUUACGAUCACCAAAUCAUGUUAAGAGUUUUUCUUUUGAUAUUGCUCGUAAUGGCGAUUGCGAACGAGGUAAGUCGAAUGGUUAUGUAAAGCCGGUUUGGCUUCAAAUGGAGGAAGAAGAAGAAGGGUUUGAAGAUUUUGAUCCUGAGAUCAUUUCUUCGUUUAGGAAAUCGCUUCAAGAACUUCCUUCUGAUCAUCCGUUUCACAUUUCAAAUCGUGAUUUCGAAUUGAAACCGCGGUUUAAUUUCUCUGAUGAGGAAAAGGAGGAAGCUUUGGGUGAAGCAAGAAAAAGUGUUGGUAAAGAGAAAGUGAUACUUUACUUUACAAGUCUUAGAGGUAUAAGGAAGACAUAUGAAGAGAGCUGUGAUGUUCGGAUUAUACUAAAGAGCCUCGGAAUUAGAGUGGAUGAGCGAGAUGUAUCGAUGCAUUCGGGUUUCAAAGGCGAGUUGAAGGAGCUAUUAGGGGAUAAGUUCAACAAUGGUGUUGGGAUUACUUUACCUAGAGUUUUCUUGGGAAGGAAGUAUAUCGGGGGAGCAGAGGAGAUUCGGAAGUUGAAUGAAGACGGGAAGCUGGAAAAGCUUCUUGAAGGCUGCGAGAGGGUGGAAGAAAAUCAAAAUGGUAAUGGUCAAGAAUGCGAGGCUUGUGGAGAUGUAAGGUUUGUGCCGUGUGAGACAUGUUCAGGGAGUUGCAAAGUGUACUAUGAGUAUGAAGACGAAGACGACGAAGAAGAAGAAGAUGAUGAUGAAAGUGUAAAGGAAGAAAGAGAGUAUGGGUUUCAAACAUGUCCUGAUUGUAAUGAGAAUGGUCUCAUUAGAUGUCCUGUUUGUUGUGAUUAGUUGUUUGAACAUACACACAAGAAAAGGGAACCUUAAAUUGUUCUUUUUUGUUUCGUUUACUAAAUUUGAGUUAUGAGUACUACUUGAGGGUUUUAUUGCCUCUAAAGAUUUUGUUGUACAUAAAGAGGUUUUUGAUUG